UUCUCUGGGUCCCUCCGCCCCUCCGUCCCUCCGCCCCUCCAUCUCUCCGCCCCUCCGCCCCUCCGUCCUUCAUCUCUCCAUCUCCGUCUCUCAGUCUCUCUGUCUCUCUGUGGCUCUCUCUGUCUGACAUGUAUACUAUUCUGUGUUCGCUUAAUUUUCUUAUAGUUUCCUUCUUUAUGUUUAAGUCACUCACCCAUUUUGAAUUUAUCUUGGUGUAGGGUGUGAGGUGUUGAUCUAUUCCUAGUCUCUCCCACACUGUCUUCCAACUUUCCCAGCAGAUUUUAUCGAAUAGUGGAUUUUUGUCCCAAAAGCUGGGAUCUUUGGGUUUAUCGUAUACUGUCUUGCUGAGGUCGCUUUCCCCCAGUCUAUUCCACUGAUCUUCCUUUCUGUUUCUUAGCCAGUACCAAAUUGUUUUGAUGACUGCUGCUUUGUAAUAUAGUUUAAGGUCAGGGACUGCAAGGCCCCCAUCGUAUGUUUUUUUUUCCCCCCUGGAUAUCCUUGAUCUUUUGUUAUUCCAGAUGAACUUUGUUAUGUUUUUUUCUAAAUCAGUGAAGAAAUAUUUUGGUAGUUCAAUGGGUAUGGCACUAAAUAGAUAAAUAAGUUUGGGUAGGAUGGUCAUUUUUAUUAUAUUGGCUCGUUCUAUCCAUGAGCAGUUAAUGUUUUUCCACUUGCUCAAGUCUAGUUUCAGUUGUGUGGAGAGUGUUUUGUAGUUGUGUUCAUAUAGUCCCUGUGUUUGUCUCGGGAGAUAGAUUCCUAGGUAUUUUAUUUUGUCUAAGGUGAUUUUGAAUGGGAUUUCUCUUUCUAAUUCUUGCUGCUGAGCUAUGUUGGAAAUAUAUAGAAAAGUUGAUGAUUUAUGUGGGUUUAUUUUGUAUCCUGCAACUUUGCUAAAGUUGUUGAUUAUUUCGAUUAGCUUUUUGGUUGAAUCUCUAGGAUUCUUUAAGUAGACCAUCAUGUCAUCCGCAAAGAGUGAUAACUUGGUCUCCCCCUUGCCUAUUUUGAUGCCUUCAAUUCCUUUAUCUUCUCUAAUUGCUACUGCUAGUGUUUCUAGUACAAUGUCAAAUAGUAGAGGUGAUAAUGGGCAUCCUUGUUUCACUCCUGAUCUUAGUGGGAAUGCAUCUAGUUUAUCCCCAUUGCAGAUGAUAUUAGCUGAUGGUUUUAGAUAUAUACUGUUAUUAUUUUUAGGAAUAACCCUUCUAUUCCUAUGCUUUCUAGUGUUUUUAAUAGGAAUGGGUAUUGUAUUUUAUCAAAGGCUUUUUCUGCGUCUAUUGAGAUAAUCAUGUGGUUCUUGUUGGUUUGCUUCUUGAUGUGGUCAAUUAUGUGGAUGGUUUUCCUAAUAUUGAAGCAGCCUUGCAUCCCUGGUAUAAAUCCUACUCAAUCAUGGUGGAUGAUCCUUCUGAUCACUUGCUGGAGUCUUUUUGCUAGUAUCCUAUUUAAGAUUUUUGCAUCUAUAUUCAUUAGGGAGAUUGGUCUAUAGUUUUCUUUCUCUGUUUUUGACCUGCCUGGUUUUGGGAUCAAUACCAUGUUUGUGUCAUAAAAGGAGUUUGGUGGAAUUCCCUCUUUGCUUAUUAUGUCAAAUAGUUUAUAUAGUAUUGGAGUUAGCUCUUGUCUGAAUGUUUGAUAGAAUUCACUGGUGAAUCCAUCAGGUUCUGGGGAUUUUUUCUUAGGAAGUUCUUUGAUGGCCUUUUCAAUUUCUUUUUCUGAUACAGGAUUAUUUAAGAAAUCUAUUUCUUCUUCUGUUAGUCUGGACAAUUUAUAUUUUUGUAAAUAUUCAUCCAUUUCUCCUAAAUUGGUGUAUUUAUUGCCAUAUAAUUGGGCAAAGUAGUUUUUAAUGGUUGCCUCAAUUUCCUCUUCAUCAGAGGUGAUGCUCCCCCUUUUCAUCUUUGAUGCUGUUAAUUUGCUUUUCUUCUUUCCUUUUUUUAAUUAGAUUGACCAGUACUUUGUCUAUUUUGUCUGUUUUUUCAAAGUACUGGCUUCUAGUCUUGUUUAUUAGUGCAAUACUUCUAUCACCCUUGAUUUUAUUAAUUUCUACCUUAAUUUUUAGGAUCUCUAGUUUGGUUUUAUUCUGGGGGUUUUUAAUUUUUUUUCAAGUUUUUUGAUUUACAUUUCCAAUUCAUUGAUCACUGCCCCCCUCCCUAAUUUGUUAAUAUAUGUACUCAUGGAUAUGAAUUUUCCUCUAAGUACUGCUUUGGCUGCAUCCCUUAGGGUUUGAAAGGAUGUCUCACCAUUGUCAUUUUCUUCAACAAAAUUAUUAAUUGUUUCUAUGAUUUCUUUUCUAACUAACUGAUUUUGGAGUAUUAUAUUAUUUAAUUUCCCAUUACUUUUUGAUUUGGCUCUCCAUGUACCCGUACUGAUCAAUAUUUUUAUUGCUUUAUGAUUUGAAAAGGUUGCAUUUAUUAUUUCUGGUUUUCUGCAUUUGAGUGCCAUGUUUCUGUGACCUAGUGUAUGGUCUAUUUUUCUGAAGGUGCCAUGUGGUGCUGAGAAGAAGGUGUAUUCCUUUUUGUCCCUAUUUAUUUUUCUCCAUAUGUCUAUUAACUCUAAUUUUUCUAAGAUUUCAUUCACCUCUUUUACCUCUUUCUUAUUUAAUUUUUGGUUUGAUUUAUCUAAAUUUGAUAGUGGUUGGUUCAAGUCUCCCACUAAUAUGGUUUUACUGUCUAUUACCUCCUUCAAUUCUCCUAAUUUCUCCAUUAGAAAUUUGGAUGCUAUACCAUUUGGUGCAUACAUGUUGAUUAGCGAUAUUUCCUCAUUGUCUAUAUUCCCUUUUAACAGAAUAUAUUUAGCUUCCCUAUCCCUUUUGAUCAGGUCUAUUUGUGCUUUGGCUUUGUCAGAUAUCAUGAUUGCAACCCCUGCCUUCUUUCUAUCAGUUGAGGCCCAAAAGUCCUUACUCCAUCCUUUAAUUCUAACCUUGUGUCAACCCACCUCAUAUGUGUUUCUUGAAGACAACAUAUGGUAGGGUUUGGGAUUCUAAUCCAAUCUGCUAUUUGUCUAUGUUUUAUGGGUGAGUUCAUCCCAUUCACGUUCAAAGUUAUGAUUGUCACUUGUGGAUUCCCUGGCAUUUUGAUAUCUUCCCCUAGUUCUGACAUUUCUUCCCUAGCUAUAUCCUUUUGAACCAGUGAUUUACUUUAGGUCAGUCCCCCUAGUCCCCUCCCUUGGUAUGCUUCCCUUUCUAGCUCCUCCCUUUUUAUGCUCCCUUCCCCUCCCCCCCUCUUUUCCCCUCCCUUUUUAUACUCCCUCCCCCUCCUCCUCCUUAAUUUCCCUUUCUUUCUUACUCUGUUGGAUAAGAUAGUAUUCAGGAUCCCACUGGAUAUAGAUGUUCUUCCCUCUCAGAGUUGAUUUCACUGAGAGUAAGGUUUAAGUAAUACCACUUCACGCUCUCUUCCUCUCCUUCUCAUAUGAGAGUUCUUCCCCUCCCCUUCCCAUGUGUAUCUUUGUAUGGGAAAGGUUAUUCUAUUUAGGUCCCCCUCCUAUUUCUUGAAGUAAAUCUUAGUAUUGUCGACACUUCCCCCCUCCCUUUUCCUUUCUUUGUCCCCCCUUUCACCAAAUCGUCUUGAUGCCCCAAUCUUUCCCUAUGCAUGAUUCUUCUAACUACUCUUAUGGUGCAUACAAUUUUUGAGAGUUAUACAAUACAUUUUCCCCACAUAUUAAUAUAUACAAUUUGAUGUAAAUGUAGUCCUUAUAGAAGAGAGUUUGACUUAAAGAAAAAGAUAAGAUUUAUCUCCUUUUCCCUUUCUUUCAUAUUUCCCUUUUUAUGUUUCUCUUGCUUUCUGUGAUUGGAUAUCAAAUUUUCCACUAAGUUCUGGACUUUUCAUAGCAAAUGCUUGGAAGUCUUCUAUUUUGUUGAAUGUGCCCAUACUUUCCCCUGGAAGUAUAUAGUCAGUUUUUCUGGGUAGUUGAUUCUUGGUUGGAGAUCCAGCUCUCUUGCCUUCCUAAAUAUCGUGUUCCAUGCUCUGCGGUCUCUUAGUGUGUUAGCCUCUAAAUCAUGUGUGAUCCUUAUGGGAGCCCCCCUAUAUCUGAAGCUCCUCUUCUUGGCUUCUUGUAGGAUAUUCUCCUUUUCUUAGAAGCUCUCAAAUUUGGCGAUUACAUUCCUGGGGGGUUGUCUUUUGGGGAUUUAGUAUAGAGGGUGUUGUAUGAACCCUUUCUAUUUCUAUUUUGCCCCCUUGCUCCAGAACUUGUGGGCAAUUUUCUUCUAUAACCUCCUGUAGUAUAGCAUCAAGGUUUUUGUUUAUCUCUGAUUUUACGGGCAGACCAAUAAUUCUCACAUUGUCUCUUCUUCCUCUGUUUUCCAGGUCUGUGACCUUUUCAGUGAGAUAUUUUGUCUUUUCUUCUAAUUCAUAAUUUUUUUGGCUUUGCUUUAUUAAUUCUUGCUUUUUUGCAUGCUCACUGUCUUCCAGUUCCUUAAUUCUGGUCAUUAGGGACUGGUUUUGCUUUUCAGCUUUGUCUGCCCUUCUAUUAGAUGCUUCCAGCUCUUUCUCCAAUUGUGAAGUCUUGUCUCUCAAACUGCUGAUCUCUUUCUCCCAUUUUUCUUUCCAGAAGUUUUCCAUCUUUUGGGUAAUCUCCAAUUUGAGUUCUUCCAGAGCUUGUGGAUAAUUUCCAUUUUGGGAGGCAUGUUUUGAUUUUGUUUGGGUUUCAUCCUCUUUCUCUUCUUUUCCUUGGGUACUCCCGCCAUAAAAGUUUUCAAUAGUCACUUUUUAAUCCCUUUCUUCCUGGUGGCUUGAUUUUGGGCCAUGUGAGCCAUCCCUUUGGUGGUUUUAUACCCCUUUCCUUUUUGGUCUGGGGUCUGGGUGAUAUGGGCGGGUUUUCUGUGAAUUUAGGUUGCCUCAGACUAGUUCUUCCCAGUCUCUGAGGUUUCUUAGAGUGCAGGCACCUUUGAUCAGCUCGGCCGCCCCUUUCCUCAGCUCAGCCUCUCAGUGGGGCUGUCCCUUUGCUCAGCGCAGCCUCUCCGCGUGGCCACCCCUUUGCUCAGCGCCACCGCCCCUUUCCUCAGUGCAGGAUUUUCCUGUGAAACCUCCCUGAGAUUUUGUUUCCAUGCAGUAUUUAGAUCCCAAGUACCCUGGUGUGCACCCCCAGACAGAGAUGCUCCUCACUCACUUGCUGUCCCAUUGAGAGCUCUGAUACCUUACUCUGGUUUGGUGGAGGGAGGAGGGGUGGCUCAGUUCAUGUUUUUGUGCAAGCCUUUCCUCCUUCUUAUAGUGUGGAAAUGUUCAAGCCCCACAUACCUUCAUUUCUGUGGUAUACUGGAGAGUCCCUCUGUUCCUCCAAAGGUGAUAUUUAUGCUCUUCUGAGGUAGUCUAUUUCGUUCAGUGUUGGGGAGAGGAAGGGAUUCGCGUCUAGAUUGCAGCCAUAUUAACCCGGAAGUCCGCUCACAGCCUUCUAAUAGGUGAAUCCAGGGGCCACGAGCCCCUCAGCAUUUCCAAAUGAGUGUCGUAUUCUAUUAUUCCAGUGAGCUGACAGGGAGAGGAGGCAUUUCCCCAACACCAAGGAACCUAUAUGGAGAGGAGAGGGAGAGAGAGCAGGUCUGGAUGCAAAGGUCCUUCAGGAAGGCCAAGACUCUGGACACUGGAAGGGAGUAAAGGCCUGGGGACUUGGAUACCUGGGUCCUAAUGGGGUUUAAAGCCUGGGUGUCUCUCAGGAUGGCUAGGUAGCACAGUGGACUUCGGAGGACCUGGAUUCCAAUAUGGUCUCAGACACUUCCUAGGUGGGUGACUGUGGGCAAGUCCCUUCACCCCCAUUGCCCAGCCCUUGUUACUCUUCUGUCUUAGAAUCAAUACUAAAACAGAAGGUAAGGGUUAAGGGGUGGGGAGACGGGACCUUUGAGUCUCUGAGGGGAGAAAAGGAUGGAGACUUGUCGUCCUGGGACCAUGAUCACUCAUUGCCUUAAUUCCGGUUCCUACUAUGGACUCGGUGACUAUGAGUCCUGGGUCUGAGCUAGGGUGCACUGGGGAGGGAGAGAGGAAAAGAGGAGCCUUGAUGGGCUGGGGAUUUGGGAAGAGGUAUUUGGUGUCAGAGACAAGUGAGAACUGAAGAGGGGGAAGCUGAAAUGCCGUGGGGGUGGGAUGGAUGCCUGGGCUCGACUCUUACCAGCACUCCUGGAGGUGGUCGUUCAGGUAGGCCUAAAGCCAAUGGGCAGAGAGUUCUCCAGGCUGGCCAGGCUUCACUAGGCCAGAGUGGAGUGAGGCCUUGGUGGAAGGGGAGGAGGAGGCUCUGCUGGGGGGUAAGGAGAAGGGUGAGGUGGAGCUCUUGCUCUUUGGGCUCCCAGGAGGCUGCUCCCAGGAGGCUGCUCGGGGGAGGCCUUGGCAGGGGUGGGGGAGGAAGACUUUUUGGGGUGUUUGUGCCUGGGGUACUCUGUGCACGUGAGCCAGCAGUUGUAAACCUUAAAAUUUCUUAGACUUAUGAAUGUUGGAAAUUUCACCAUUGGGAAAUUUCAUACUUCAAAAAAAUUUCCUACUGAUAGUAAGAACUCUAUUGGAAUGUGAAAACCCUUGGCAUGGGAGGGUCCUUCUCCUCCCUACUUAAGGCUACUUUAGGACAGAAAGCUUUUGCUGAACAAUGGAAAGGGCUUUGACCUAUGCUUAAGCAUAGAACAGGAAGUUCUUUGAGUCAUGAUAGAUUUUAGAAUUGAUCCAAUACAGAUACUUGGAAUGACAGAACCAGGUCUUGGAACUUACAAUCUCCACCCUACUCAGUCUAACAGGAUUUAGGAAGGGCUGCAGCAUAGAUCAAGAUUUAAUUAUUUGAGAAUAUGACCUUCAACAGAAAUAUGCAAAGGAAACAGACCUCUGGGCGGUCCUGGGUUAAGCUCGAGCCACCAUUGGCACAGGGGAGACAUCGACAGUGAUUGGUAGAUGUGAGAACUGAGGGGAGGGGACUUAGAUGGUAUCAAAGAUAGCAGGGUCUGAGGACAGGAGGGGGCCAGAGGAGAGUUUUUUCCUCUGAGAAGUUUUGCUCUAAGGAGAGGUUUUGCUCUGAGUGAGGUGGCUCUGAAGGAGGCCUGAGGAGGUUGCUCUGUGGGAGGACCAGGAGAGAAGGCUGGCUCUGAAGGAGGAGAAUUCUCUGGAAACAUUUCUUGAAAGGAGGCUCUCUUGAAGGUGGAGCCUGAGGUUGGCAUGAGAAGUCUUACCUAGAGAGAUCUUGGGUGAGUGAUAAAACCAACUGACUGAUUUAUUCAUUCAUUCCUUUCUUACUUUCUCUCUUUUUCUAUUGAUUAAUCAGUAUAUUAUAAAUUAAAUUUCUCUAUAAAACCCAGUUGGCUUGAGCAUAUUCAUAAAUUGGGAAUAUAUUACCUGGUGACCAUCUUAUAUUUAUAUAAAACCAAGACACAGUAGAAAACAUAUUUCAGCGGUCAUAAUUGAUAUAUAUAUUUCCCUUGCUCCCAAACAUUUUAAUUAUCACAGUGUAUGGCUCCCACUCUCUUAUCUACAACUAUUUAACACUCAAAACUAUUUUCAAUCUAACGCAGUGGGCUAGGUGGCCUGGGCAGGGGAUUAGUUGGAGCUCUUGGUACAGGUACAGACCACCUUCUUGCAUUGUCGCCAUGCUUUGGUGAGCCAGCUUGGUGACUUCUGGAUAGCCUUCCGCAGAGCCUUGAAACUGGUGGAGGGCUGUGAGGCCUGGGUGGGCUUGGGCCGUCCCUCGGUUUGUCCUUGGGCUGCUCUGUGGAGACCCGGGACCAGGCCGACGCUGCUUCCCGAGGCUGGCAGAGGACCCACCUGUGAUGCCUGGAAUCUCAAGCCUCUAGCUUGUUUAAAAGGUACACAGCUAUGGUUCUGGGCUCUUUAGCCAGGUGCUGCUCUUGGGGCUGUGGCUGCUGCGGCUUUUUGCAUUGGCACAGCUUUGGGGAGUGUGGCUGCUCUUGGGGGAGCUUUUGGGGCUGUGGCUGCUCUUGGGGAAGCUGCCACUUUUUGGAAUCGUGGUGCACUUUGGAAUGGUGGUGCCCUUUGGAAUGGUGGUGCCCUUUGGAAUGGCGGUUCCCUUUGGAAUGGCGGUUCCCUUUGGAAUGGCGGUGCUCUUUGGAAUGGCGCCUCUCUUGGGGGCCCUGUUGGGGCUGUGGUGCUCCUGGGACUGCAGCUGCUCUUGGGGAAGUGGCAGCUUGUUGGCAUUUCCCCAGUCUUGGGGCUGCUGUUGGGAGGGUGGCCACUCUUGGGGGCCCUCUUGUGGCUGUGGCUGCUCUUGAGGGAGCUCUUGGGGCUGCGGCUGCUCUUGGGGGAGCUUUUGUGGCUGUGGCUGCUCUUGGGGAAGCUGCCACUUUUUGGAAUCGUGGUGCACUUUGGAAUGGUGGUGCCCUUUGGAAUGGCGGUUCCCUUUGGAAUGGCGGUGCUCUUUGGAAUGGCGGUGCCCUUUGGAAUGGCGCCUCUCUUGGGGGCUCUGUUGGGGCUGUGGUGCUCUUGGGACUGCAGCUGCUCUUGGGGAAGCGGCAGCUUGUUGGCAUUUCCCCAGUCUUGGGGCUGCUGUUGGGAGGGUGGCCACUCUUGGGGGAGCUCUUGGGGCUGCGGCUGCUCUUGGGGGAGCUCUUGGGUCCUUGGCUGCUCUUGGGGAAGCGGCAGCUUCUUGGCAUUGCCUUUCUCUCAUCUAGGGAAGCAACCCACGGGACUCUGGUGUGCUGGGUGUCCAGGAUCAGCCCUCCCUCGUCCUCCCCCAGCCGGGCCCACCGGCCUGCCUGGGGUCACCUGGGAAAAGUUACUUUCAAACAUGACCCUGAGGGGCCCGAGGGGCGGGUAGUUGCCCUCCGCCACGGCUCUCUGCAGCGGGCCAGGCUUGGGGAAGCACAGCGGGAAGGACAGUUCCACUUCCACUUCCUCUUCCGGCAGGUGGAGCUCUCCGGGCAGAACAACUGCGAGCAGGGAGGAAGCAGGCCGGAGCUGGGGGCUGGCUGGCCCCUGCGGGCUCCCCUGCAACCCUGCAGCCCCCCAGGCCGGGGCCCCACCUGAGAGUGAAAACACCUGGUCACCCACCAAGCACAUCAUGCCAUGUGGCAGGGGAGCAGGAAGAGAAGCAGAGAGGAACAUCAACAAUGCCAGUUGAUUGCAUCACAGGCACGCUGGAAGAAACCAUCACUGGUGACUAUAACCACACCAAAGACUGACAUGACACUGCUUUUAGUGACAUUGACUAUUAUUCCACUGAUGGACACUUGUUAUGCUGACAUCAAUUGGUCCUUUAUACCUAAACCAACAUCAAGCAUGUUAACUUGUAUGGACUAAAGCCCACUCGUACAUAUCUAUGACAUCAGGUGGAUCCCACACUCCAAAGACUUUAUCAUGGGAUCAAAAUCGAAAUAGCUAUGAUUGUUUAGACACUAACGUAUACCUUUCAUUUUGGAUGUCGGUGUUAUAUAUAUGUCAUGAGGGAAUUUAUUGUGUGUGCAUUGUAAAACUCCUACUUGUAUUGUAAGAAAUGCUACUAGUAACAAGGGUACUGACAUCGGUAUGACACGCCAAAGAGAAGGAGAUAGAAAUGUUUCAGGCCCAGCACAGACCUAGUCACCCUGACCACAAAAAUGAUGUUUAGUGCAGGAGAUGCUGCACAGGGCUGUUUAUUGGACCGAUGGUCCUGAUGUCACUCUUAGAAAAGGGAUGAGACGUCAGGCAAAAUGCACUUUGAAAUUCUAAUUAGGAACCCAAGUUUUUGAAAAUUGAUCAUCUACAUCCAUGUAUAGAUUAUGUUCUUGGCAAUGCCUAUGUAGACAUUAUGUGCCAACGACCAUUGCUGUAGUUACAUGUUAAUAUCAUUAUUGAUCAUUAGUCCUGGAACUCCAUCUUCUUGGGGAAUAUCGUUAUGGGGAUUCUUUCUUGCUCUCUAACUCUAGUCCCAGAAUUCAGGCAGGCCGCUGGAUUUGGGGUCUAUUAGCUUCCACUUCAAGUACUGGAAGACGUUCUGGUAUAUGAAAGUAAAGCCUCAGCAGUAAGCUGAGGGCUCCAGGUUGGACAAUCUCUGUGGACGCGCAGUUGUUGACCCUCCUGGGUGGAAUAGGCUAUUGCACACAUACAUGGAGCAAGGGCAAAGUAUUCCCUCAGUUUCCCCUUUUGGAGGAUGUAUUGAAAAUAGGAAAAAAUUUGCAGGCACUAAUAAGCUUGUAGAAAAAGCACAUGGAAUAUUAUUCAUUGACAACUAGGAAAAAUAAGUCACAUCAAACUCCACAUGAACAAGAAGCUGUAGAAAUUGCUUCUACAUAGAAAGCAAAUCAAGCUUCUGUUAAUCCAAACAUUGGUUUGGUGGAAUGAAUUUUGCAAACAUUAGUUAUGGUAUAUUCUGGGUUAUUCUAUUGAAUGGUUCAUUUACCCAGAAGCAGAGAUUUAAAUAAGGCUCAUAUAAGAAACAUGCAGCCAGAAGGUGCAAGGUCCCUUCAGUAGCUUCAUGCGUGUUAUCUCAACAACAAAUCAAAAUGUAACAUUUAUGGCCAUUUGGAUACUUGAAUUGAUGUUUGCACUGCUGUUUGGAAAAUGUAAAAGAUGCGAAUAUAUUUGGUAUGUGAUUCAAAAACAACAAAAAGGGGAUAAGAGAGAAAGUAUUUUAAGAACAUUUUUAUACCAUUUUAUAUCACUUUUCAUUCUAUUGAGCAAUCUUGAAUUGAUGCUCUCACUUUAUUUUCUCUGAAUACUUUGAUUCUCCUCCGUUGUUUUUCUUUUCUUACAUUAUGAAAUAUAUUUCAAGUACUUUUCACACUGAUCCUGAGCAAUGAAGGUGCAAAACUUUUUCUCUUGAUAUGUACCCAACAGUGUGCGAUUAUGAGAACAUGACAGCAUUUGGUAAGUUGCAGGUGGCUAUCCUGGGAGACCAUCACUGAUUGCAUGAAAAGGAAAUGCAGAGGACACCUCAAUGGGCCAGACAGCCAAAGCCACACACAGACGUAUAUUCCAUAAGAGAUGGAUGUAUGUGGGCUGCUGAGGUUGGAGGUACUGGGACACGGUGUUUGACACCCUCCUUCGCAGGUGGCUCGAGUAUCAAAGUCCAACCGUAUUGCCAUGUGGCAGGCAUCUGGGCGGGUAUAUCCCUAAAAUGCAUAAUCAGGACAAGGGAGAGAAGGGAAAUUCCCCUUCAUAUCCACAUACAGUCAUCUUUUCUUUGGCUAUGAAUGCUCUGGCACCUUCUUCUAAUCCUAACUUUGUGUGGGCACUAUCUGCUAAUGCACCUGUGCUAUGAUCUAUGGGACUGCUACCUCAAUACUUCAGGAUAAUUCGAGGGAAGAUCAUUUUCUUAUUAUUUUUAUCAUUACUUUAAACUUUGAUGAGACUUUUAUCCUCGAUUUUCAUUACUAAGCAUUGAGAUCAUUUUUAUCUCUACAAUAUUAUUAAUAAGUUGAGAGUGAAAUUGUUAUUAUUGUUGACAAUCACAAUUACUUUUCACAGUCAGAUGUUUGGCUACAUAUUUUGGAUGUUUACUUUGAAUCACUUGAAGUAUCAAUUGAUGAUGCUACAUGAUUUUUCUAUUUUUAAUUUUACUCCCAAAUUUCGUUACAUUUUAUAUCACUCACCUUUCACUUCAUUUGAUUUUUAAAACAAAAAAGGGGGAUAUGUAGCAUUCCAAGCAUAUUCACAUCUUUGAAAUAUAAAUGAUUGUAUGGUUACUGUGUCUCCAGACACAAGGUGAUACUCUGAUAUUUGUGAGUGGAAUCUUGACCCGGCCACAUGGCUGUUGCCUAAGACAAACUCAUGAACAUUUUGGCUCGGAGGCGACAGCGCAGGUGGAAAUCUACACGCCCAUCAAGGUGUCACCUUCACCUCGCCAUCCAAUCUGAAUUGUCUCUGCUUUGUAUCGUGAUUGCUACGUGCUUGAGAGUGCUACCCACUUACAGCCUGCAAUAAAAACAGAAGGCGGCCCCAUGAAUUUUCUCUUGGAUCUUCACUCUGCUCUAGGAAUUUCUCUCUCUCUAGGAAAGCUUCUCCUCUCCUGAGGCUCCAGCCCCUCUCGGCUUGCAUUCUCUGCCUUAUUCUCUUCCUCUACCUCAUGUUCCAUUGACUCUCAUAUUUUCCUUCCAAGGAGAGUAUCAUAGGGGUUUGCCUGUCCUAUUUAAACACUGA